UGUCCAACCGACGGCGGGUCACAGGGGGCGCUGGUCGGAUAUCUGGACGGAGUGACAACAUCGACCGCACGGCGCUUCACCGGCGAGAGGACCGCUUGUUGUUAGCUUGUUACAGCUCUCGACGAGAUUGUCCAUCAUUCAAUUGAUACAGGGGCUGUCCCAAGGUGCCCACGGUCCCGCCCCCCCGCCCCACCCUUGGCAUAGGCCUCCCUUUUCUACUCCUCUCAACACCCUUGAGGUUCAGAGCCCCUCUCCCCCUCGCCCUUGCCCCUACCUCCCCUCCGACCUCAAGACACUGAGGCCGCCAGACUGCAGCCAAGCUGUCUGACAUGUCUGGACCGGUUCCGAGCCGGGCCCGCGUGUACACGGAGGUCAACACACACCGGCCCAGGGAGUAUUGGGACUACGAGUCCCACGUGGUGGAAUGGGGGAAUCAGGAUGACUUUCAGCUGGUGAGGAAGCUGGGCCGGGGAAAGUACAGUGAGGUCUUUGAGGCGGUCAACAUCACCAACAACGAGAAGGUGGUGGUGAAGAUCCUCAAGCCGGUGAAGAAAAAGAAAAUCAAGCGGGAGAUCAAAAUCCUGGAGAACCUUCGGGGAGGCCCCAACAUCAUCUCUCUCAUUGAUAUCGUGAAAGAUCCCGUGUCCCGCACUCCAGCAUUGGUUUUUGAACACGUCAACAACACAGACUUCAAGCAACUGUAUCAGACCUUGACCGACUAUGACAUCCGGUUUUACAUGUAUGAGAUCCUCAAGGCCCUGGACUACUGCCACAGCAUGGGAAUAAUGCACCGGGACGUCAAGCCUCACAACGUGAUGAUUGACCACGAGCAUCGCAAGCUGCGCCUCAUAGACUGGGGUUUGGCCGAGUUCUACCACCCCGGACAGGAGUACAACGUCAGAGUGGCCUCCCGCUACUUCAAAGGACCCGAGCUUCUGGUGGACUAUCAGAUGUACGACUACAGUCUGGACAUGUGGAGCUUGGGCUGCAUGCUGGCCAGCAUGAUCUUCAGGAAGGAGCCCUUCUUUCAUGGUCACGACAACUAUGAUCAGUUGGUGAGAAUAGCCAAAGUACUGGGUACUGAAGACCUGUACGACUACAUAGACAAGUACAACAUUGAGCUGGAGCCGCGCUUCAACGACAUCCUUGGCAGACACUCCCGUAAGCGGUGGGAGCGCUUCGUCCACAGUGAGAACCAACACCUGGUCAGCCCCGAGGCGCUGGACUUCCUGGACAAGCUUCUGCGCUACGACCACCAGGCCAGGCUGACGGCCCGCGAGGCCAUGGACCACCCCUACUUCUUCCCGAUCGUGAAGGACCAAGCUCGCAUGGCGGGCUCUGCUAACUUGCCCGGUGGGAUCCCAGCCGUCAGCACGGCCAACAUGAUGACUGGUAUCUCUGCCCUACCAGCCUCCACUGCCCUGGGCCCUCUCUCUGGCUCGCCCGUCUUGUCCGCUGCCAACAACUCCCUGAGCGCCGCCGUGCCCGCCGCCGCCGCCGCCCCCCAGUGAGGAGGCCCCCGGCGCCCCCCAGAGGAGGCCCCCGGCGCCCCCCCAGUGAGGAGGCCCCCGGCGCCCCCCAGAGGAGGCCCCCGGCGCCCCCCAGUGAGGAGGCCGCCGCCGCCCCCCAUGGAGGAGGCUCCCGGGGCCCCACGCCACUGAUGAAUCAUUGGGUCCGCCCCCUUGCCAGGGGCCCUGGGAUACCUCGCUGCUCUGGGUGGUGUCUGUUGUGAUGUUUCCUUCAUCCCUCCCUUCCACCACGGUGGAUCAACGUUUUGAUCUGAUGAAUGUUUGUAAUGUAAGUAACACCAACGUUCGGCCUGCCUUCCACCAUUGUUCCACACGUGUGUGCGUGUCUAAAGGAUAGCGUCUGUUUUCUUUUUGUCAGGUGUUCCAACAUUAGAUGAAUAAUAAACGAAUGAAGAUGGGAUUCAAGCAAAAAAUAUAUAAUUAUGCAGUUAACCUUCAGUAUUGAGCUAUCUCCCCCCCCCCCCCCCCCAACACACACUCUUUAUUUUCCAGAUUAUUAAUGACCAUUUAGUCCCUAAAGGCGCAUAGUCGAGAGGUUAGCCCACCGGACCAAAACGUAUCGUCCUGAUACAGUUUACUGAUAAACCAAGCUUGAGGCGUCUGCUCCAGUGCGGGCCUAGCGGGGGGCUCCAGGAGACCGUCCCGGGGUUACUCCAGUGUCUGGUGCUGCUCUCGUGCUCCCCUUACACGGGGUCACUAGAUGUUGCACUGGGUAACACAUUGCCUCGGCUGAUAAAACUGUUACGUCUUGCCUUUCUACUAAAUAAGAUGUAACCAGUUUUUUGAUAUAACCUUUUAUUUUUUUACCCAGCACACCUGUACUGACGUAGGUUAAGUUCCCAUUUGUUUUCCAUUCAGAGAGCCGGUCGGUCGUGUCCACGUAUUUGUUAAGCCCCGUUAAUCUUGUUUUUAUGUUUCAUGUUCCACUUUCCUUUGCCCUCAAGCUAUUCUCGGGUUGCUUUCCUCCAAAUUCACCACGUACCCAAAAGUUUACUUCACCUCACACGGAAAAAGAAGACUAACCAAAACCUAAGGUUUGUUUUUGCGAGAAAGAGUUGCAAAUGAAGGAUGACUGACACUGGUAGUUUUCUUUAGAGGGGGUCCCUCAUUCUGUUCAUCUGGCUAGGUUUUUCUUUCAUUAGAUAUGUUUGUAUAUCCAACAAACAUCAACUAGCUUUCGCUGACAAGAAGCGUUGACCAGGAACACACGUACACACGUUUAGUGCCAGAUUCAGAGUGAGAGUUGUAGGCAAUGUUGUACAUAUGAAUCUUUUUCCUUUCAGAAAACUCAAAAUGCUACCAGUUCUAUGUAUACAUUGGCUUAUUAACUGAGCUGUACAAGUCCUGACAUCACUGUAUAUAUUUUUAUGUCCUUAUUUAGAUUACUAGUAUUUGAAAACAUUUGUGUAAAUAAACACACGUUUUAUUUAUCCGGUA